UCUUUGGCGGCGGAUUCAAAUGUUCCGGGCCGCGUCUCUGGGCCUUUAGGAGCGUCGGAGUGGUGGGUUUUCUGUGUCCCCGCGGGCGUGAGCAUCUGUGUGGCGCAGGGAGGACCUGGGAAGCUGAGGCGGCUGGUGCGGGAGGGAGAGGAUGGCGCUGUCGACCACAGUCUCGCAGAGGAAGCUGAUAAAGCGAAAGGCUCCCCGCGGCUUUCUAAAGCGCGUCUUUAAGCGACGGAAGCCUCACCUUCGUCUGGAGACCAGUAGCGACCUAUUGGUGCAUCUGAACUGUUUACUUUUUGUUCAUCGAUUAGCAGAAGAAUCUCGGACAAAUGCUUGUGAGAAUAAGUGUGGGAUCAUUAAAAAGGAUCAUGUACUGGCUGCAGCAAAGGUAAUUCUAAAGAAGAGCAGAGGUUAGAAGUCAAAGAAUACAUUUUUGAAAAUUAUAUGAUGUGUUGUUUUAGUGGUAACAGAUCAUGAAAGCACUUUUUAUAUAGCAGCUAACGUUGUAUAUUAAAAUAUUGGCUAGUUGAGGCUGUGUGUAUUUGUAUAUUUUUUACUGGUAUUGAAAUAUCUCAAGUAAACACAUAGAACUAUAAAA